UACCUUGCAGACCUUACUCAGGGCGCAGACACCCUUUCUUUCUCGGCAGGGCGUCUGUGGGACAGCGUGGUGACGUAGGAACCCGGAAACUCGUCACUUUGGCAGCGCUGCGUCCUCCAGAGAAGAUUUCUGCUUGCUGUGGUGUUUUUGUUCAGUUUUCUCGUUUCAUCCGGAUCCUGGACGCUUUGCUCUGCGAGCUCAGACUUCAGCAUGCUCUCAGUCAGGUUCCUGUCCCUGAGGUCUGCCUCUUCCCUGAGCAGCAGGUCGCUCUGCAUAGCUGCAGCCACUAAUCAUGGGAAGGCCCCCGACAUGGCAGAGGGAAAUCCACUUUUACACGUUUCAAAUGUGCGGAACAGGCUGAGAGAAAUAGUUGGGGCUUCGACAAACUGGAGCGACCAUCAGCAGGCCAUGGCAGAGCGUGUGUCUCUGUCAUCCAUGCUGGCCAAGUCUCAAAGUGAACUUCCUGCUAAGAGGAUGAAGGACAGCUUCCUGGAGGUCCACCUUCCUCUGGGCUCAGAGCCGGAGCUCAGGGAGAAGUACCUGACCUACCACAACACGGUCAGGUUUGGACGGAUCCUGGAGGACUUGGACAGUCUGGCAGUCCUCAUUUCCUACUCCCACACAUAUAACUCUGCUCUGAAGAGGUCUCCUCUGUCCAUCGUCACGGCGCUGGUGGAUAAGAUCGACAUGAGGCAGCACGUCAUCUACCCCGACUGCGACAUCAAGUUCACAGGUCAGGUGACCUGGGUCGGGAGGUCGUCCAUCGAGGCAAAGAUGCACAUGUCACAGUACCGGGACGGAGCUUAUUCCCCCGUUCUGGAUGCUACGUUUGUCAUGGUGGCUCGGGACCCGGCCAACAAGAGGGCUGCGUUUGUGAACCCCCUGAAGCCUGAAGGUCCAGAGGAAGAGAAGCUCCUGCAGGAAGGAGAAGCGAAUAAAUCUCGGCGUGUUGAACUCAGCACAGCGUCGCUGCUGAAGGUCGCUCCAGCAGAUGAAGAGAGGAGGAUCAUCCAUGAUCUGUUUCUUAACACCCUGGACACAAACACGGUUAGUUUCCGCAGCAGAAUUUUACCUCCAAAGUCUGUCUGGAUGGAGGACGCUAAACUGAAAGGACUGGAGAUCUGCCACCCUCAGCAGAGAAACAUCUUCAACAGGAUAUUUGGAGGUUUUCUCAUGAGGAAAGCCUACGAGCUGGGCUGGGCCAACGCCUGCUCCUUUGGGGGAUGUCGGCCCAGUCUGGUGGCCGUCGAUGAUAUUCUCUUCCAGAAACCCGUGGAGAUCGGCUCCCUGCUGAUGCUCUCCUCCCAGGUGUGUUACACCCAGGGGAAGUACAUCCAGGUCAGAGUUCACAGUGAGGUGUUUGACCCGCUGACUCAGCAGCACAACACCACCAACAUCUUUCACUACACCUUCGCUUCGGACCGGGACGUCCCGAGCAUCGUUCCCAGGACGUACGGAGAGUCGAUGCUCUACCUGGACGGGAAAAGACACUUUAACCAAACCGUGGAGUCCUGAGAGGUCAGAGGAGCAAACCACAGCUAUAUGAGACCACAAAGCGCUUCAGAUACUUUAAGCUGCUUUUCUACCAAAGUUUAUCUGCUGUGGAUAUUUAAGCUUUAUUCAUGUAUUCCUUUUAAAACAAUAAAGCCUUUACAUGCAGCUUCUAAGCAGUCACACAAUUCCCAACCUACUACUAUAUAUAUAUAUAUGUAUAUAUAUAUAUAUAUAUAUAUAUAUAUAUAUAUAUAUAUAUAUAUAUAUAGGAGGAUAUAGUCCUUCCCAUUUGUUAACAGAAGAUUUAGUUUUUUGUUACAACACAUUUGUAUUUUAAUUGUUUGUUUAAUUUCAGUUUAAAUCCUUGUUUAUUGAGGGUUUAUUGUGAUUAAAAGUUCAAUAGAUUACUAAAACAAUCGAUAUCUGAGGCUCUAUUAUAUAUAUACAUAUAUAAAGAACAAGAGCUGAGUGAUGACCAUAACAGUAAAGUACGGUUAAACUGACAGAUAUGCACAGACUGUUACUUUUUGUUUCUGCAUGUGUUGGGUUGACAUUUAAUGCAAUAAAUACGUUUUAUAUUUACCUCAUUAA